AUGCCGCUCGCAGACGCCCCUGAGCGCGUGCGGGUGCGGGACCGCGUCAUGAUCAGCGAGGGCGAGCAUACCAGCCUCCAGUGCUCCGCCGACGGGAACCCCACGCCCACGCUCGCCUGGACGAGGGACAUCCACACCCACAACAGGACGGCGCGUACCUUAGCCUCGGGUCUGGGCGUAGCGACCCUCGAAGUGCACCAGGCGGUGUGGGCGGACACGGGCGUCUACCUGUGUCACGCCAAGAACGUCGUCGCCACAGCGCCUCCAGUCACGACCAAACUCAUCGUCAAGCGUGAGUAUUUUCAAGUGUAUAAAAUUCAGCCAUUUUUUCGGAGCCCUGUUGUCACUCGCAUGAUGGCCUCAAAUGGAAUAUAA